AAACCAAACACGUUUUAGAAAUUAGAACCAGACAUCCGCAAAAACUAAAAAGUGAUUCUCAAGAAUAAACAAACGCCACUUUUCAUUGAACGCAUUCCAGAUCUCGCUUUUCAGUUGUUCCAUUCGUGGGCAAAACACAAGUUCCAUCGCCACCGCCUCAACUUCAACCCGGAGCGGUUCCGAUUGCUUCGUCCCUUCGAGAACUUACUCUGAAGAAGUUGUGAACUGAAUCGCUGGGCACGAAGAACAUAAUGAAAUGGGAGUCCAAAGGCUAUCUGGGAUGCAGAAGCAAGUGCUCAGCUUAUACAGAGGGUUUCUGCGUGCAGCGCGCUCUAAAUCUGAAGAGGAACGCCGCAACAUGGAGUCCAUAGUAUCGCAAGAGUUUCGCCGCAAUUCCAAGGAAGUGGAUAGGAAGAAUUUUCUCUACAUAGAGUACUUGCUUCGCCGUGGUACAAGGCAGCUUGAUCAGCUGAAGAAUCCUGGUACCACUGGGUUAUCUUCAUUGCAAGUUGAUUUGUCUAAAUUCAAUUAGGAUGAUGAACCUUCUAAGGGUUAAAAACGGUUUUCAUUUAGAAAUUCAUUCAACAUUGAGAUGCUUGUCUUUUUUGCUAUAUAGGAAAGAAAAAAUAAGAGUCGCAAACCGUGGACUCACGUUUGACUAUGUAUUUUAAUUUUUAAGAACAAGAAGCUUCUUGUUUAUUAAGGUCAAUUGUCUGCCUCUCCUUGCAUUCAAAAAGAAGCCAAUGAAUUGCUGCAUACAAAAACAAGUGUGUAUCACUGUAUUGUAUGAUACUUGGUUUCUAUGAUAA